AUGGGUUCCACCACCACCUUCGAAAUCCCGAGAACAUGCAAAGCCGGGGUUAUCUACAACCCCGGGCCAAACUUCGAAGUCAAAGUCGAAGAUGUUCUUGUUCCGGAGCCAGGUACGUCCCCUGGCUUGCCUCUAUCCUCAACUCCAGAGCUAAAGUCGCGUGUUUGGGGUACAGGCCCCGACGACAUCCUAGUAAAGCUCAAUGUAACCGGACUCUGCCAAAGCGACGUCCACUACAUGCUCGACGACAUCGGCAUGUCCAUGGCACAGUUCGGCGUGCGCUCACCAGGCCACGAAGGUGCAGGUAUCGUAGUCAAAGUCGGAGAGAACGUCAAGAACUUCAAGCUUGGUGACCGCGCGGGUAUCAAGCCGAUUAUGGAUUCGUGCGGGACGUGUCCUAGUUGCUGGAGUGACAAGGAGACGUAUUGUCCGGGGGUCGUGCAUACGGGGUUGAUGGUUCCGGGGACGUAUCAGCAGUACAUCGUCUCGCCGGCACGGUAUGCAACACCGAUACCGGAUGGAAUCCCUGAUGAGAUCGCGGCGCCGGUCAUGUGCAGUGCUUCGACGAUCUAUCGGUCGCUUGUUGAGUCGCGGUUGCAGCCGGGCGAUUGGGCUGUCUUUCCUGAUGGCGGAGGCGGCGUCGGCAUCCAAGGCGUCCAACUCGCUUCCGCAAUGGGCAUGCGCCCAAUUGUCGUCGACACCGGCGAGGAGAAACGGGCUCUCGCGCUGAAGAUGGGCGCGGAGGCUUUUGUCGACUUCAAGACCGUCCCCGACGCCACCGCAGCCGUGAUAGAGGCUGCAGACGGGAUAGGUGUGCAUGGUGUCUUUGUAACGGCACAUGCCGCAUAUCCAAACGCUCUCAGCUACCUCGGAACUCGAGCUGGGGGCACCGUGAUGUGUAUCGGUAUUGCUCCGGCGGGGACAAUCCAGAUCCCCGUUGAUCCCAAUUUGAUGAUUCUUCGAAACACCAGGAUCCAAGGCACGCUGGUAGGCAGUCGGCAUGAUACGAUCAAGGCGUUGGAUUUUGCUCGGAGGGGAAAGCUGAGGCAGAUUUGUGAGGUGUGGCCCAUUGAGCGCUUGCCAGAGGCGGUUGAUAGACUGCGAAAGGGCUUGGUGGCGGGGAGGAUGGUUGUGGAUUUCAAUCAGUAG